AGCAGAUGGUUGCAGCCUCCUCCCCCCUCACUUUUUUCUUCGCUCCUGUUUCCAUCUCCAUUUCCAUCCCCAACAUCUGCCAGCAUCAGGACUCAUCGAGGGCAAAGUGAAAACCCGCAGGAGCAAAAUCAGUUAAGGUAGGCUGUCUUCAGGUGGGAAACAAAGCGGCUCCUCCUGCCGGCUGGAUGUGAGCGGACCAUCAACCGAGGGGACAAGCCCAGUAAAGACCUGAUAUGGACCAAAAUAUCGGAGCAAGCGCGGGUCCUCUUUUUUGUCUUUAUUGUGUAUUAUGAGCAGGCGGCAGUGUGGAGGAGCUAGUCCUGCCCAGAAAGGAGGAGGAGUAGGAGCGACGCACAGAAGGGUGUCGACGGAGCGAGGCAAGGGCCAAGGAGAAGAGGAGAGGAGAGGAGGGGAGGAAAAAUAAUAGAGUAAUAUUACAAGCUUCUAAUAAUGGCGGCUAAAUCGGACGGGGUCCUGAAGAUGAAGAAGAGCGACGUGGCCUUCACCCCGCUGCAGAACUCGGAGCACUCCGGCUCGGUGCAGGGGCUCCACCCGGGCGCCCAGCCCGACUCUGCGGGCACCGGGGACGGGGACUUCGCUAACGGGGAGUCACGGUGCUGCGGCGGGGGAGGCUCCAACUCGACGUGCCUUCGCCUGGGCAGGGAGCAGCAGAAAUACACAGUGUGGGACUGUCUGUGGAUCGUAGCCGCAGUGGCCGUGUAUCUGGCCGACGUGGGCACCGACGUGUGGCUAUCGGUCGACUACUACCUCCGCCGCGACUACUGGUGGUUCGGCCUGACGCUCUUCUUCGUCGUGCUCGGCUCCUUCUCGGUUCAGCUCUUUAGCUUCCGAUGGUUCGUGCACGAUUUCAGCACCGAGGACGGCGCCGAGUCCGCCGCCGAUUGCUCUCACAUGGACGGGAACAAGCUGCUGAGCGACUCCGCCUCGCACGGCGAAGUUACCGCUCAACACCACCCGGCCACGCCACAGAGACAGGCGUCGACCGCCAGCAAGAACACCACAACCAACAGCACCGCCAGCACCGCGGUGGGCAGCAGGACUAGGAAACGGUCGGCCUAUUAUUCCUUCUGCGUCUGGUUCGGACAGUCCGUCAUCCACAUCCUCCAGCUGGGCCAGAUAUGGAGGUAUUUCCAUACCAUCUACCUGGGUGUGCGGAGUCGUCAGAGUGCUGAGACAGAGCGCUGGCGUUACUACUGGAGGAUGGUCUAUGAGUUUGCAGAUGUGAGCAUGCUGCACCUACUGGCCACCUUUCUGGAAAGUGCGCCACAACUGGUGCUGCAGCUGUGCAUCAUCAUACAGACACACAAACUCCAGGCUGUGCAAGGUAUGACAGCAGCAGCCUCCCUUGUCUCUUUGGCCUGGGCCCUGGCCUCCUACCAGAAGGCCCUGCGAGAGUCCCGCGAUGACAAGAAGCCCAUCAGCUACCUGGCCGUCAUCAUACAGUUCUGCUGGCACUUCUUCACAAUUGCAGCGAGGGUCAUCACCUUCGCCCUGUUUGCCUCUGUGUUCCAACUCUACUUUGGCAUCUUCAUUGUCCUGCAUUGGUGCAUCAUGACCUUCUGGAUUGUCCACUGUGAGACAGACUUCUGCAUCAGCAAGUGGGAGGAGAUUGUGUUCGACAUGGUGGUGGGCAUUAUCUACAUCUUUUCCUGGUUCAACGUCAAGGAGGGACGGACAAGGUGUCGGCUUUUCAUCUAUUACCUAGUGAUCCUGGUGGAGAAUGCGGCUCUCAGUGCGUUGUGGUACCUCUACCGGUCUCCUCACACCACCGACGCCUUUGCAGUACCAGCACUCUGUGUCAUCUUCAGCAGUUUCCUUACCGGCGUGGUUUUCAUGCUUAUGUACUAUGCCUUUUUCCACCCCAACGGGCCACGCUUUGGACGCUCGCCGAGUGGCCAGGGUCUUGACCUGGAUCCCACUGCUCAGUUCUCCACAUUACCAUCAGAAGGUGCCACCAACUCACUGCGUUCCAACCGAGGUGCCACCGCAACCCUGGAGCGUGACACGGGGAAGUAUUCCGAGCGAGACGGCUGCAUGCCAGUGUUUCAGGUCCGACCCACAGUGCCAUCCACGCCAUCGUCUCGUGCUCCACGCAUUGAAGAGACCGUCAUCAAGAUCGACCUUUGCAGGAACCGCUACCCAGCGUGGGAGCGCCAUGUCCUCGACCGUAGUAUACGCAAGGCAAUCCUGGCCAUAGACUGCUCCCUGACUCCUCCACGGCUGCAGUACAAAGAUGACGCUCUGGUGCAGGAGAGGUUGGAAUAUGAGACAACAUUAUAGUUCUAGCCUGCUCCUAAAACCAAUACAGGGUGCAGUCGUGGGAGGAUUAUCCUGCUAUCACAUAAACAGCAACAGGGACUGUGGCAAUAAGAAUUUGUUACUACCAACAAUCUUACUUUUCACCUCUAGUUCCUCUUUUUCUUUUUCUGUUUUUCGGCAUCAGCGCCCAGUUGGUAGUUAUCAGAGGAGCCAUUUGACACAAGUGCAGUAGAUGUCGCUGGACGUGUAGGGUUGUUGCUGUUAUUUUUACUUCCUAUCAUCAGGGAAAUCCUGUGUGGUACAAACAAAAUGCAAAAGUCAUCGGAUACUCCAGUUCAACCUAAGUGACACCUCUAACGUGAUGAGGAAAGGAAAUGACCCCUCAUUCAGCAACAGUAGAAACUUCAAGCUGUCGUAUUUGUCUUAAUGUGUUUGGAAGUGUCUACAUGAUAACACUCAUCGCUCCUGUUCUCUUAGUGCCAAAAAGGUUCCUUGGAUACGUCCUCUAGCUUCUGAGGAGUCGAACACCUUAGAGAUGGCUUGGUAGUCCAAAAAGUUCUUCUUUUCUCUUCUGGCUUAGUCAUUCAAUUGCUCUUGAAUAAUUCUGGUGUACACUGCAAGAAGGUGAGACAGAAAGGGAACUAUACAAAGACAGUGGUCAAAGUAGCAUCUAUACUCAUUGUGUUUUGUUUGGAUGCAAUCAACCAAACCUGGCUGUAAGGAUGAAUAGGGAGCAAGACAGGGUGAAAGCUGGACACCAGCUCCACAACCUUUCUACCCAUAAGGAAAUAAGUCAAACUCACACAAUGCCAAGAAAAAAUCUUCCUGGCAGCUCAACUCAACUAUUUGCAGUCCAGCCUCAUAAACCUAUGUAGUAGUGAUACUGAUCUUUGCUUAUCUCUGGAGGAGAAUGUGAAAGAAACGAGCAAAGCACCAGACAGCAAUGAAAAUCAGAGGACAGGAGAGGACGGCGCAGGACAUGGAGUAGGGGAUGGAGAAAAAGAGUGAAGGUAGACAAGCAGCCAUCUCAGCCAAACUAAACCAACCACCAGGAUGUACAGUACUCUGAUACAACAUGCAGCAUUUUUUACUUUAGAGAUGAUGUAGAGGGUACUGAAGUCAUUGUAAUUCUGUGUUUUUUGUGGUUAUGUGUGUAUGUAUUGGUAAUAGGUGAUGCCUGAUUCGGGUCUGUGCUGUCAUCGAUCAGUGAAAGUACACCUUGACAUUUUGA